CUCUCCUAUAGAACCGAAGCGCGUUAUUGGUCCGAAUUAAAUAACACUUUUUGCGCACGUGUGUCGUUUACGUGUGACGUUAGUCGCGUAUAGAAUGCACGUUAUUUGGCAUCCGUGAAUCGAGUUCGGAUUUUACACUUGUGCAGGGAAUGCCGUGAUUCGGCGAUUUUACGGGUGUCAGCCAUCUUGGUAUUAUAUUAUAGACGCGUAGCUCGCUGCCCCACUUGCCUUCUUCAUUCACGUAUACGUUAUAUUUUUACUCUUUUUUAUUCAUUUUGUUUUUUUUUUUGUUGUUUUAUUUAUCCAGUUCGUGCGGGCUGAUAUUGACGUUGCAAAAUAUAUUUAUUCGUUAAAUUUAAAAGUAUAUUAUUGGGUAACGAAACCUUGCGAAUUUCAUCCAGUACGUUUCAAUGAUCUUUUUUACCCCUGGCGGGUCAAACUGUUCGUUAUAAAAGCGUGUCAAUUGGCAGUUUCAUGUACAUAAUACGCUGUGGUAAGAGAAAAAAACAAAGCAAAACAAAAAAAAAAAGAAAAAAAAACAACAAAACGAAAGAAACGAUUCGAACAAAUAUUAUUUUUUUACAGUACAAUUUAUCCCGAACACGUACCGCGUAGAUUGGACAUUUAUAGGUGAGGGAGUCAUCUGCAUAUUUUUUUUACAUCACACGAGAAUACCUAUGUGCCAUGUGUUGUUAUGGAUGGAAUGAUUAAUUUUUGUUUUUCUAUAAAAAUAACGUGUACAUCAUUCGGCUAUAAAAAAAAAGUUAUCGAAAUCUUUUUUUUAUUUUUAACAGACAAUCGCGAACUAUCGCGAGAUUCGCGAUAACGAAAACUCCUCCCACCGACCUCCCCCCCCCCUCCCCCCACCCCCGAUGUGUUUUUUUGGAGUAGGUACUAGUUCCAACUAACGAAAGAAUCAUUAAUAAUCCAAAGGCGGCGGAGGCAGCGAGUUGUUGAGAAAUUUUGAAAACGUUUUUUUUUUUUUUUUUGAGCACGUGGUAAUAAUGUUAAAUUGCAAUAGACGGUUUGAUGCAAUGCUGAGCGAGGAUUGCGGAAAAAAUUCUCACGAGCAUCACGGACGCCGAAUUAUAUCUGCGCUGGAUUGAGCCGAUCAAGAAUCAUAAUGAACGGACGGAAGGGGGGGGGGAGGCCACCAAUAAACCGUUGAUCGUUCAUGAGGACAUUUCGUUAUCGUUCAUCGCGAGAAUGUUCGACGUUAGAAAAUGUCACGCUUCGAAGUAUCCGAAACAGUUAUUCGAAUUUGUUUGAAAACAAUUUUUUAAGACAACUGCGACGAUACAAUAGUCUUAUCUGAAAAACUGUGCUGGGAACCAAGAACUACGGCGCGUAGUCUGCGGUGAGGUGAAGACAAUUAUCAUCAGAUCUACUCGUGAGAGUCGUUGAAGUUAUCAUCCGCACUUCGGCUCGAUACGACGCACGUAGGUGCGAUUCCACCGUCGUGAUGAAAUUCGGGGAGGAGAGCGUCGUCUGCGUGGCGUCUCUGCAUCCGGGGGCGGACGACGUCGAGGUUUUCCUGAAACCGGAAGACGGGGUCAAGGAAGAACCGGACGAAAGGUGGAAACGCGCGCUCGACCAACUGCUCGUCGACGACUCCAGCUUCGUCUACAGGGGCGAAGGAAACGCGAACGUGGUGCUCGCCUUACCGCGGGAGCGCAGGGUACUCCGCUUGCGAAAAUCGCCCCCCGGCGAAACUUCAACGGAUGCCGGCCGGGCUCGGGCUGUCCGAGAAAUUGAGUUCCUGAGAAACGUCAUUUCCGGUUUCCUGGGGGGUUACGUCCAGCCACCGGAAAUGCUCUGCGGCACCCCGGAAGACAUGAUCAAGCUUUCCGAGGCUAUUCGUCCCUUGCGUCCCGAACAUCGUCGUAUCAAAGACGUCGUCGAAGAGUACGUGACGAAGUAUCUGGAUUACGCUUUUCUUCCCGAAGUACUGAGGUCAGUGGGUCAUCCGAAACGAUCCACAUUUUCGGUAGAAAUAAAACCGAAACAAGGUUUCAGGCAUGAGUUGGACGAGCCGUUCGAAAAAUGCACUUACUGCCUCACCCAAUACUACAAGUUGAAACGCGGCGAGAUCACUUCCAGGAGUAAUUACUGUCCGUUCGAUUUGUUCUCCGGCGAUACCGAGCGAAUGAGAAAAGCGAUUCUCGAAUUGCUCAGGUCUCCGCAGAACAAUCUGAAGAUAUUCAGAAACGGUGUCGUCGUCUACGAUUCGAAGAGCAACUUCGACGAUCUUCGCACCAUCUUUGCCGAAUGGUUCGCCGCCGAAGCGUCUCGAUCGUUCGAACAAAUCCUGGAAAUAUUUCUCCGACUCGUCGCCUGUACUUUGCUGAGAGGAUUCUCGCACGGCGAACUAAGUCCGCCGCCGGUCCGUCGCACUUUGGACAUCCGGGGAAUCGAGUCGAUCGUUUCUCACGCAACGCCGCGACUCGAUCCAAAGAUCCUUUCCAAGGCCAGAAAACUCCUCCGAUCGUCCGGAGACAUGUGCAAUUUCGAGGGUGGCCAACUUCCGUCGGCUUCGGUACUGGCCAGGAUACUCCAGAUGCAGCGGCUUCCUUAUCACGGCGUCGACUCGGUGUACGGAAUUUAUUCGAAACACUCGGCCACGCUGAACGACGAGCUCGUUUACUCCGGUAUGAGGAAGAUUCAUGACGGAAAAAAGUCAACGGACGACCGCUUCAACGGACAGGACAAACGGGAGGUGGAGGAGGAGGUGGUGAUUCUGACGGAUACCGGGAACCGUGACGAUAUCGCGACUUCGAAGCCAUCGGCGAAUCGAUCGAUAAACCGAAUUCCCGACAGGAACGGCAAUCGAAACGACCGGAGUACGGACGAUCGCGUUUUUAUUGGCGAAUGCUCGCCGUUGGACAAACGGAACAACAACGCGGAGGAGCGUCGGGAGGAGAUCGGAGAUCGGACCGGUAGUUCGAUCACCGAUUUCGAACUCGAAAUCCUCAGGAAUUAUCUCAUCGUAACAACGGCGAAGGAUUGUUCGGUUCUGAUGGCCUUCCAGGAAGUCGAAACGACAUCGAUAUCCGGUGUUCCUGCCGAGUUUAUAAUCGAUGCAACGGACCGACUAAACUUCGCGGUGAACGUUGGCGUAUUGGAUUUGGAUCCGAAGUCGAUUCAUUGCGUCCAGAAACACCGGCAGAGGGACAACGACGUUUUGGUUUCAUUGGGCGAUGCGCUCGAAGAGGAAAUCGCCGAUGGAAAUCAACUGCCGUUCGGUCACAACUAAUUUGAUUCCUACGAGAGAAGGUAUUUUGGCACAAUCGUGCUGUCAACUUCCAGGGUAUAAUUGUAGAUAGAACAAAUAAUGAUCCAUCAAUUCGCAUUUCUUAUUCCUAAUGUCUGUUCCGAUGACAAUUCCGAAUGCUCAAUCGAAUGAACUAUUUCACCUAUAGUUACUUAUAUUUAUUUUAUUCGCCGGGAAUUACAUGCAAUACAAUGUGUUCAACGAUACAAAGAAAAUAACACCGAGUGUUCAAACGAUUCAGAUCUCUUCAUUGUUUUAUACAAAGUUGCCGAUGUUUAGAUUAUUUUUCAACGAUGUUGCAUUGUUGUCUCAACGAUCGGAUCGAUUCAUACAAAGUUGCCGUUGUUUAGAUUAUUUUUCAACGAUGUUACAUUGUCGUCUCAACGAUCGGAUCGAUUCAUACAAAGUUGCCGUUGUUUAGAUUAUUUUUCAACGAUGUUACAUUGUCGUCUCAACGAUCGGAUCGAUUCAUACAAAGUUGCCGUUGUUUAGAUUAUUUUUCAACGAUGUUACAUUGUCGUCUCAACGAUCGGAUCGAUUCAUACAAAGUUGCCGUUGUUUAGAUUAUUUUUCAACGAUGUUACAUUGUCGUCUCAUUGAUCGGAUCGAUUCAUACAAAGUAGCCGUUGUUUAGAUUAUUUUUCAACGAUGUUACAUUGUUGUCUCAACGAUCGGACUAACUUACAAUUAGUGGAUUACACGUUUCAGUCGCAAUCGGUAAUCGAGAAAAGUGAUCGAACAAUACUCACCUAAUCGCUCGCAUGGAGCGUAAUUUUAUUAAACAAUUUUCACUACACUCGGUCACUUUUCAUCAUCUCGUGUCCAUAAAAAUGGGAAACAAAUCGUGAUCAACGACUUGAGCGACUUUAUAGCUAGUUUAUGUAAAUGGGAAUCAUUUCGUGCGUAUACGAACGGCUUGAAAAUAAUUGAAAAUACUCCACUCAGAGUAUAAAAUUUUUAUUGUGUAUAAUGUUUUGUACUCGCUUCUAUCUUGUAACCUACUUACAUUAACAAUUUUCGAGCUAUUGGGCUAUACGUAAUCGUUCUCAUGAAAUAUGUAUCUACCGAAAUGAUAAUUGAUAGAAAAAAUCGAUUCACUUAACGCGCUUUACGGUUGCGAUCAAUUUAGUAGAAAAAUCAUCCGCCGACGAGAUACCUUGCUGAUGUAAUUUUUUAUGUGAUUUUACAAUAAAUAUACUAUAUUUUUUACAAACUAUCGAAACCCUACGAUAUUCGAUAAAAUUUUUUUCCUCCGUCACCCAGAAAUCUCCCCGUCCACCGUUUCGUUCCUGGUACAAUGUUUUUUUAUCAACGGGCGCUGCGAUCGGCGGAAUGUGAAAGAAGCCUGUUGCGGCCCGACGACAAGAAGAAAAAAACACAAAAAAAAAAAAGAA